AUGGCUGCGGUGUUGGGUUGUUUGACUCUCCUCUGCGCCCUCUGCUUCGGCGGCGCCAAUGCUCAAGGUCCGGGGGCAUCGAAUUCAACAAGAUCAUCAUCAUCCACCCCGGAACGGUCAUGGCAGACAUGGGGCCCAUACAGACCAAAUCUCUACUUUGGAGUCCGUCCUCAAGUCCCCGAGACCCUGCUUAUGGGCUUGAUGUGGGCGAGCGGUGAGAGCCGCGACAGAAUGUUGAGCACUCUUCGCGACACGUGCGAGCAGAAUGACGGAAUGCAAGGCUACGGCUGGACUUUCUACGACCCACGAGUUGGUGGUUCUCAAGCCGUGCAUGACACGCAACUUCAACUCGACAUCAACACCGAUUUUCUAAAGACCGAGGACGGGGGCAGCUGGGCUGUGCGCAUUACCGGUACCCCAAAGCUGGGUGCCACCGGUGUGAAGACGACAGCGAUUCUUCACGCAGCAGUUGAGAUGGCAGACGCCAACGAGCCAAAGUCUCUCUGGUGCGAGAAUCACGCCAAGAACAAGGACGGAGUCGACGCUGCUUGCCGCGGAGAGAUAGCUGGUCUCGGCCGCUUCCAGUUCCAAGUCCUGGGAGAUGCAACAAACAACGUCGUGCAUGAAACCGUGGUACGGAGUGUCCAGGUACCCGAAGAUAAGAUCUGGCAAGCAAAGUCUAUCUUUGCCGAUCAAGUCAAGGCUGCUGCUGGCGACCAAAUCGCCAUCCAAGAUGCACCUGGCGCUGGAAAUAUGCACUUUGUUCAAACAACAUUUCAAGGUGCAUUCCAGUUGACUUUCACGUACCAUGCGGCGGAAGCAUCCACGCUAGACGCCCAGGCUGUGGACACGGGGAUCAGCUCCCUACGCCGCUCCUUUCCUUCAAGCGUGGACAAGGUCUUCUCGAGAACGCCACCGUUUCAGGGAGAAGAAUACGCACGCUUCUCCCAAGAAAUCCUGUCCAACCUGCUGGGCGGUCUAGGAUUCUUCCACGGAGACACCAGGGUCGAUGAGACCCACGCGCCCGAGUAUGAAGAGACCGACCUCGACUUCUGGACAAAAGCCGCAUCCGCCAUGUCGCGUGCCCACGUCACCACCACCGAUGCCAAAACACUGCUUUCCUUUACGCCUUCCCGUGCUUAUUUCCCGCGCGGAUUUCUCUGGGACGAAGGGUUCCACCUCCUCCCCGUGAUCGAAUGGGAUCUCGAUCUGGCCGUAUCCGUCCUCCGCAGCUGGCUCAGCCUCAUGGACGACGACGGCUGGAUCCCUCGGGAGCAGAUACUCGGACCCGAAGCCCGUAGCAGAGUGCCCCCGGAGUUUCAGGUCCAAUACCCACACUACGCCAACCCCCCAACAAUGCUUGCGCUCGUCCUCCCCGCCAUCCUCUCCAAGCUAACCGGCGCAUCCCCUUACACCGGCCAUCCCUCCGCGUACCUUUCCUCCCCAGACCAGGCCUCCGCCCUGCUCAAGACGCUCUACCGCUUGCUCGCCCGCCACUACCACUGGUUCCGCCGCACCCAAGCGGGCAACUUCAGCAGCGCCUACCCGCGCCCGGCCUCCGCCAUCCCGGGCACCGGCUUCCGCUGGCGCGGCCGCACCCCGACGCACAACCUCCCCAGCGGCCUGGACGACUACCCGCGCGCGGACCCGCCGCACCCGGGCGAGCUGCACGUCGACGCGCUGGCCUGGGUCGGCGGCGCCGCGGCCGCGCUGCAGCAGGCCGCGCUCUACCUCGGCAAGCAGCGCGCCGACGGCAACGACGACAACGACGCCGACGACGCCGCGACGUACGCCGCGCACGUCGCCGCCGCCAAGCACAACCUGGACGCGCUGCACUGGGACGCGGCGCGGCAGUCGUACUGCGACGCGACGGUGCGGCGGGAGGAGGAGGAGAACGGCGAGCAGCAGCAGCAAUACGCGCUGGUGUGCCACGAAGGCUACGUCUCGCUGACGCCGCUGCUGCUGGGGCUGGUCGGGGCGGACCACCCGCAUCUGCCGGCGCUGCUGGACCUGGUUGCGGACCCGGACCGGCUGUGGUCGCCGCACGGGCUGCGGAGUCUGAGCAAGGGGGACGAGCAUUACGGCAGGGACGAGGAUUACUGGCGCGGCGCGGUGUGGGUCAACCUCAAUGUCUUGGCUGUCUUGCGCCUGCGAGACGUGGGGUUGUCCGGAAAGGGCCCGGCGGCCGUGCGGACGAGGGCCUUGUCGCUGGCUGCGGAGCUGAGGGAGAGAUUGGUCCGGACGGUGUAUGAGAGCUGGAACAGGACGGGAUAUUUCUGGGAGCAGUAUUCCGACGAGACGGGCGAGGGCAGAAGGACCAGGGCUUUCACGGGCUGGACGGCGGCGGUCAUUUUGCUGAUGGGCUUGCGUUUUGCGCAGGGGGCGGAGGGGGUGGACGAGAGCGAAAACACCACGUCGUGGCGGGAGGCGUCAACUGGGCUUUCCGUGAUGGUCUUAUUCGGCGUGGUAGGACUCGACGCUCAUGCAGCUCACCCGGCGCACCUGGCUCACCCCCACUGGCGGACGAAGGCGGGACAAUUCCGGCGCAUCGCGUCGACGAUGGAGACGAAGCCGCUGCAACCCGAACUGAAAUAA